AUGGACGGCCCACCGCAGACGGGGGCCGUGCGCCUGCCUUUGGUGACAGCAGGAGCGAGGGAAGGCGGGGCCCGUGUGUUUGGCCGGCACGCCACGCCCGCCCCAACAGUGGAUGAGAGGAGGGCCCGGGCGCACAGACGCGGGCCCAAGGCUCGAUUGGCAGAUGGACAAGCAUUGUUCCAAGAAUUGAAGCUGCUUUGUUCCUUGGACCGUUGGGCAAGCCUAGUCGGCGGCUGGGUCGUGGCUGGAGUCGCGCCGAAUGCCUUCUUUUUUGCCUGCCUUCCCCCCGUCUGCCAUUGGACGCCAACACUCUGCGACAACGCAGGUGCUGGGAAACCACCCAACGGCGGCCCAGCAUUCUCCCACCCAUUCCCAGCCUCUCUGCACCUCUGCCAGGCACCACAUCAUCAAUGA